UUCAUAUCAUUGUUUUUUUUUUCCAACUCUGUGCUUUACUUUUAUAUACGCUGUGAUAAUUAGUAUAAAUAUUUACAGUGGAAUGUUAGUGAAUAUGAUUGUGUGAAAUGAAUUAGUAUGAAUGUGUGUGAUGUUAUACUGCUGAAAUGUGAAUAAGCAGUCGUGAAACGUGAAACGUGUUUAAGUCCAUCGUAAUUUAUAUUUAAGGUGCCGAGUGGUGUUCUAUACAAAUGUGUAAUAAACAUAUAACUGAAUGUAGUCCCAAUACAGAAACCAAGACAGUGUUUGUUUAGUUCUUUUGAAUUUUUAUUAAGGAACCAAAUAUAUAUGAAGAACGAACAUUAAUUAACAGUGAAUAUAGUACUCAAGUGUUACACUUUAUGAUGUUCUAGCCGCCAUAUUUUGAAACAAUGUUAAAGAAUACAAACAUAUCUCGGACGACGAAAGGUUACGUCAUCUGGUCGUAGAAUGUAGUUUUUACCGGUUAUUUGUUGUGACUUUUCGUGUACUUAUACAUUUUCGAAAAUAUUAUCCAGUGUUUUAUUCUAAAAAGUUACAGGAUUAAUACAGUACGUCUUAAAGAUAAAAUCUGUAUUGUGUCUGAGUGGUUACCGCGUUUUCAUGAAGUGAAUAAAAGCAGUUGAUACACAAAUGGCGUCGAGGAGUAACCACAUGGGAUAUAUGACAUAUGGAAGCAACAGGACACAUUGUUGCGGUGGAAGCAGUAGCUGCUGCAACAAUAACAAUGUAAAGAACAGCAAUAACAACGAGACACUGCCGAUCUGUUUGGAUGAGGCCAUCCUCCAUCGCAUCGCUUUCACGGUGUGGCACACUGCUCUGCAUCUGGAGAGGGAACAGCACAGCUACGAUGUCGUACCGUCAAAGAAUCCGGCUAAAGCCAAGCAGCCGGCGACGCUGACGUCACAGCCCCGGGUGACGAGUGGUGGCGUGGCGGGCAGGUCACCUCGUUACCGGGGUGAGGCAAUGGAUCUGAGUUAUGUGACGGAACGGAUAAUCGCGCUGUGGGUACCAGGAGAUGUGAGUCCCGUGGCGUACCGACAGGGGCAGCAGAAGGCGGCCCACAUGUUGCACACCAAGCACGGUAACAACUACAUGGUGUUCAACUUGUCCGAGCCCCGACGGGUGACUCGGAGCCAUCAUGAGCGAGUCAGAGAGUUGGGUUGGCCUGCAGACCUGGCGCCCCCACUUGAACGGCUGUGUAGCGUCUGUAAGGACAUCGAAUCCUGGUUGAGUGAGGACUCUCGUCGCAUUGCUGUUAUACAUGCAAGAGGGAGCAAAGACCGCAUUGGGGUUGUGAUCGCUGCAUAUAUGCACUACACCAGUAUAUGUGGAAGUGCUGAUCAGGCUCUGGACAGGUUCGCCAUGAGCCAGUAUCUGGAAGAUAAAGUGGGAGAUCUGGAGCAGCCCUCACACAAGAGGUACGUCGAAUACUUCUCGGGGCUACUCUCUGGCAGCAUCCGAAUAAACUCUGCUCCAUUGUACCUGACGCAUGUCACCGUGCUAGGGGCUCCGGCCUUCGAACCCGCAGAGGGACGAGGAGGAGGUGCAGGAGGAGCUAUCGACGCUGCAGGAGGAUGUCGGGCCUUCCUCAAGGUAUAUGAGGGUCUGAUUCCCGUGUAUACGUCAGGCGUGUACAGCGUUUGUGGUGGAACCCGGCAGUUCACAGUGAACGUAGCAGGGGAGAGGCAAAGAAGAGGACUACAGCUGAGGGGUGACAUACUACUGAAAUGCUAUCACAGGCAUUAUAAUCCCGUACCUGUUGGUUCACCCAGCACUCAUUCCCCAGGGGCUGCAGCAGCCACAGAGCGCCCGCAGAGAGAACUCAUCUUUGCCUGUCAGUUCCACACAUGCGCAGUGACGGACUAUACCCUCAGUUUCACCAGACAGGAGCUGGACUUUGCCUGCAGUGAUUUACGAUUCCCGCUGGAUGGAGCUGUUGAGCUGCAUUUUUCUGCCACUCCUGAGAUACGCCUGCCUUCCCCUGCCCCCACCCCCGCUGUCCCAGUCGAUACAACUGAUGAUCCAGUGACCAGGUGGGACAGUUACGAGAAUAUUGUGGCCAUGGGAUCGCCACUAGAUGGUGACACCGACACUGAAGACAUAAAUGGUGGGGAGGAGGAAGCAGAGGUGAGCCACACUUACGGGCCCCUGGACGGUUCUCUGUAUGCAACCAUCUCGAAGAAGCAGCAACAAGAACUACAGCAUCACCAGGAGCAGCGCCAGCAGCUUCAGGUUUCUCGCGAGGAGACGCCGGUUAGGGGCGCUCAGCAGGAGCUGGCUGUAGGCGGCGCUGCAGUGAUAGGUAGCCCGCAUACUGUCUCCAUGGACUCAGGCAUCUCGUCCGCCGGGAACGGUCUGCUGCUCCACAAACAUAACCUACAUCACAGCAACAGUAAUAACACUUCAAAUGCGUCUUCAACAUCACCACCCCCGCCUCUGAGUUCCCUCAACGGCCACGCCGGUUCCCUCCUGCAGCCAUCACCGUCAGCAUCAACAACAACAACACCUCUUUCACCACAAGAUCACCACAGGGCGUUAGACGAGCUCCUUAACGAUAUGUUGUUAACAGUCGAGAAUAUCCCAGAUCUGCCCCCAUCAACCAGUUCCCCAUAUGGCAAUCGCAGUUUCGCCACAACGAGGCAUGUUGCGACUUUAGAUGACCUUCAGCCACCUCAACCGUUCCAGCAUCACAGCCCGCCCUCGGUUGCAACUUGUGACGUCAGCAGCCUGCCAUCAACAGCCCGCUCGGCUAGUGGCAACAUUCCACCAGCUAAACAGUUGAACAACGGCUACGGUUCUAACAUCAGCGCUCCUGGCGGCGGCGGGGAUCGUACAAAUGUGGCAAAUACGUCGACGGUUCUUGAUGAUCUGGUGGACGUAAAUUACAUCGACGAUACAGAAACUGACGAAAGUAUACCAUACCACGCCAGACAGGAUAGUCGGCCCUUCACGUAUGGUGCUAUACCCACAUCUCCCCAGCAGCAGACUGCGUCCGGUGGCUCGACUAUGCUGCAGAUGCACCCGGGGCUGGCUAGCCCCAGUUUGGUGCGCAAGGCUAGUUUCAGAGGCGGCGCCGGGACUCCGAAGGGAUCCCCAGUGUCCUCUACGACGACGCUGAGGCAGUCAUCCCUCAUAUCAUCGGCACAGCCGUCGCCACCAGAGGAGUUUGUUGACGGUGACUUGUCUGGGGUGUCGCCGACGAGGGACUACCGUUACAAUAACGGGGCUACGUCGCCACGGUCUCCAGAGUUCCACGAUGGGCACAUAGUGAGUAUCACAAGCAACAGCAACAAUCUGACUUGGUUACAGCGGCAGCAGCAGAAGCUCAGGGAGAGGAAAGAAGUGCAGAUGCGAACAGAGCGAUACCCACAAGAAUCACGUCUCAUCACCGAACUCCGAACCAUCCAGCAACAUAGUUACAGUCGUGUGCUACGUCCGUCAGCAAGCCAUCGUGCAGAUGGCUAUACCAGUGACACUACUCACUUUGCAGAUGAUGAUGAUGAUCAGGAAGACUUCACAAUUCCACUUCAUAUCAAUACAACCACAUCACCAACACAUAAGCUGAACAGUGUUGGAUCAGCCCCAGCAUCACCUUUAUUGCCAAACAGAACGUCCUCCAGAAGAUAUUAUGGAACUAGCACAACUCCCAGUCAUCAGUCAUCGUCUGCAUCUUACCCGAGUGGCAUAAUUGGCCCCCUUGGACGUCAGAAGUCAGAUUCAUCUUUUGAUAGAGAAAGACCGUUCGUUGCAGUUAAAAGGGCCCAUGAACAGAGCAGGAAGUUCAAAGAAACGCAGAGUCCCCCUACAUCCCCUCAAGCAGUGUUGGCUGCUCACCCCCUGGGUCUUGCCCUGCCUCAUCAUGGUGAGCUCAAUAACAAAGAUCCACAGGCUGACUCUGCAGGCCUUCUCACAAUGGUGGAGGAACAACAGCAACAGCAGCAGCAACAAUCUUCCAUGCUCAGGCGCAGUGCUGGAGGAGGGUUGAGAGAGGAAAGCUUCUCAUCAUGGCGGACAACAUCAGUCAGCGAUGAAACUGGGAGUCCUCCACAGUCAAGCAGCCCGCGACCACAAACUCCAGCAUUUCCAGUACAUCCUCGCACACCAUAUGUGAACAGCAGCUCACAGCAGUUUGACCCUCCAGCAUCCUCCACUGGGCUGCCUCCCAAGAGUCCUACAACACAGCGACGUUUGAGUAAUUCGGGGUCGUUUAAAAAUCUGCGAAAGUGGCCUUCCAACUCUUCUAUUUCUAGCAAGGACCGUUCUCCUUCUCCAGUGUCAGAUCUGCCCCCUCCAAACACAGUGCCACAUCAAAAUAUCAGCAUCACCAGUACUUCUAGUGGUGGCAGCAGUAAUGGCCGUGGGGUUACUGGUGUCAGUGCAGCAACAGGAUUCCCGAUUACAUCUCAAUCAUCUGUCAGUUUGUCUGAUGGAUCUUACAUUCAACAGAGCCCCAAGAAUGCAGCAUUACAGAAUGGGAGCACAGGUCAGUCCUCACCCACAGUAUACUAUGGUCAUUCACGUCGCUCCUCACUCCACUCCAACAGUGAACCACCCCAAGAGGUCUCUCCAGCCCAUGUAAAAUUUGUAAGGGAUACAUCACGGUUCUGGUACAAGCCGACAAUUUCUCGGGAGGAAGCGAUCAAUAUGCUUCGCGAUCAAGCACCAGGAACAUUUGUAGUGCGAGAUUCCAACUCAUUCCCUGGUGCAUUUGGUCUAGCACUGAAGGUAGCUACACCUCCUCCUAAUCUCCAGAACAAGACAAAUGAUCCAGCUAGCGAACUAGUGCGGCAUUUCCUCAUUGAACCAACAUCACGAGGUGUCAAGCUUAAAGGAUGCAGCAACGAACCUGUGUUCAGUUCACUGUCAGCCCUAGUGUAUCAGCACUCCUUGAUGCCAAUGGCUUUGCCUUGUCGAUUACUUUUGCCCGAAGGGGAUGGGUCUCGACUGCCAACAGAUAACUCCAGCACCAUAAGCACUGCACAACUACUACUCGCUCAGGGAGCAGCUUGCAAUGUUCUGUACCUCUACACUCUGGACACAGAAUCGUUAACAGGCCCUCAAGCAAUAAAGAAGGCAGUCCACCACAUGUUCUCAACAAGACCAUUGCCAACAGCAACAGUGGUUCACUUCAAGGUGUCAGGUCAGGGCAUCACACUCACUGACAACAAGCGCCAGUUAUUCUUCCGCAGGCAUUACCCUGUGGCCACAAUUUCAUACUGUGGACUGGACCCAGAUGAUCACCGCUGGAGUCAGAAGAGUGAUGAAACAGGAAUGCCUAUCAGUUCAAACCGUUGCUUUGGAUUCGUGGCAAGGAAGCCGGCAAGUAAAACAGACAACCAGUGUCACAUCUUUGCCGAGCUUGAACCAGAGCAGCCAGCUUCAGCCAUUGUCAACUUCGUCUCGAAGGUCAUGAUGAGUGGGACAGCUGCCAAAGCAAACAUUGUGUGAUGCGGAGUUCAUAACAAGUGCAUUUUGCUAUGUUGUAGGCCCUCAAAGUGUGGGCACUUUGGGAAUAUCAAAAUGCUUUUCUAGCGGCAUAUACCGCUUGAAAUGCAGAGUGUAAUUGUAGAAAUGGUUUCACUUAAAAUCACGCAGGAAAUAAAUUUGGAUUACAUGCCUUGAAUUUAGUACUAGGCUUGUCAGAAUGGUCUGUUUACUAUCUCAUCAAAACUCUUCUAAGAUCCAUUAAUCUUACUAUCUCCUGGACAGUGGGAGGGGGUAAUGUGGGUGUCCUUUGGAUAGGAGGAUAGCUGGGGCAUACAGCUGACCGCUCAUGUGCAUCUAGUGCCUGAGGUCUUCAUUGUGUGUGGAGUUACACUACAUGAUAUUGUAGGCCUACAUGGCAUGGUGCUUAUACAGAGUAUGACAAGGAGUUAGGUACACCAACAGCUUGGCAGAAAAAUACGAAAUAUUUUACACAAGAUAAAAUUCCUCAUAGUGACUAAACACAAUGAAGUACUUAUUUUGCCAGUUGUGCUAUUGUUGAAUUAUACUCUGAUGUGGAAUAGUUGGCAAAUGUGGAUAGUAUGUGUAUUUGGUUGUCCAAUAGAGCCCUGUCCUUAUUGCCCAAAAGCUAACCAGUGAGAGAAAAGGGGCAGAGCCAAAUGGUCACACACAUCUCAAACAAUCACUGUGUAACUUCGGUACUCUCGUGCUUCCUAAACUUCUUUGAGAAUUUUAAAUUAAUUAUUUUGUCAUUGUAUUUGUUUUUUUUUUUUAGUUGAUCAUGCUUAUAGGACAUAGUCAUGACAUCUAAGACCAUUCUUUCAAGUGUGUUAUAUGUAAUCAGACAUUAUGUAUAUUUUCAAAUUUUUUAAUCCACAUCCUGCCAUUCCUUUUGUUUUUGUUCCUUAGUUUUCAGAAAUUUAGGUCAGAUUUUUGUCUUCAAACUUGUGUUGCAGUAUGUAUCAUUUCUACUUCAUGUUUAGUAUGUGCCAUAUUUAAAUCCGUGGUUGAAGACCAGAUAUGUAGAGUGAGAUAUUUUUUCAUGGUUUCCUGAUGCCCAAAAUGCAAAUCUCAGGAGGAGUAUCUUAAACCAGGAAACAAAACAUUUUCUCACAUCCAUCCAAACUUGUCAUUUAACUGUUGUCAUUACAUUUGAUGCCAUGUAGUCCCUGCAGUAAAUAUGAAAUGAUUAAUUAAUACAAGUAACAGAAUUUUUUGAGCACAGCCUCACAAGAUAAAAACAAGUAGUCAUGAAAAAUGUAAUAAUUUUUUGUGAUUACAGACUUGAGUGCAAAUGUCACUACUACUCUAAUGAAGUUGGUUUAACCCUUAAUGCAUAUAGUUUGCUUCGUGGCUGUGGUGUGUAGAAAACUGAGAUAUAUUAUAUAAUGCCAGAAGAUUAUCACAAAGCUAUGGCAGAUGUGAAUUGCUACCUAAUCUUUUAUUUCAUUUAGAAUCUUGUCUUUCAUCCAUUAUAAUUAUUUCAUUAUAAUGCUUUAUAUGCAAUUAUUUUGUAUAUAUGUAUUAUAUUCACUUUUCCUUUGGAAAAGUGGAAAGAAAUUUUAUAGAGGAGUACAGUGUAGUUAGAGAUACUACAUUAUACUGUUAAUACAAAUUUAUUCUGAGAUAAGAAUUGCUGCUAUACAGUGUAACCAAGUGAACUUAACCUGAUCUGCCAAACACUAAUUGUGUACCUUUCAUUCUCUAAACUGUCCACACUUUAUGCAGUAUGUACAACAUAUCACCUUAUGCACAUUUGGUAUGCUGUCAUCAUAUAUUACAAAACACAUGUAAACUAACCAUUUGUUAAUAUGUACAGCCUGUACUUGUGAUGGUGUUAAAAUCUGUGCAAGGAAGGUCCAUUCUGGUUGGAUACCAGGAAGACCUCUUCUAUGUAUUGUACGUCUUGCCAUAACAGCCAUAAGAUUGUAUAGAAGGCGUAAAACUAUAUUAUGUGAAAUAGUUAUAUUAUGUACAUUGUUGACAUAUGCAAAACCUUGCACCAAAGUCUUAUUAUUAAACCUUACUUAAAAGCA